GAAACCCCAAAGCUGGAGAUGGACUGUCCUCCCAUCCUAGACAUCCCACUGGAGAUGGCUAACAGUGUCAACACAGAGGUAGCUGUGAACACCCAGGAGAACAUCCAGAGGAUGGACGAGGAGUUGGGAAGAGAAAGGGGUAACAGCUAAUAUAUUAAUCUGGAUCAAUGAUGAAGUUGAAGUUGUAUAGAAAAACAUGAUGAUUGAUCUUUAUUUGGUUCUUUUUAGAUUAUCCUCUCUUCCUGGAACACCCUCACACGGUAAGACCCUCAUCACGAAGAGAGAAAGACUGAAAGAGGAACAUUUGAAUUUAAAAGCUCUUCUUCACACUAUUGGUUGAAUUACAGUAUCUAUUGUUUCUACAUUUUAGAGUUCUCCAGAUGAAUUUACACCUGAAAUCCACGAUCAGGACAACAGGAGAGAAUACCAGUAACUUAAUAUAUUUCAUGUUUCUUAUUGGUAGUUUGUAUAAAAGAAGGACAAUACCUUAAAUCCAGGAAAUCUCAUUAAAAUGAAAUCCUUCAUUGUUUGUUCUACAGGUUCCAGUGCCCCCGUGCAGGUCUGUUCCAGUGCAGUAUAACAGGCCUGGUGUUUAGGAUGGAGGGAGAGGGAGAGGUGCUCUAUAGGACAGUCCCCUGGGACAGGAGGCUUCUAGCCCAGAGUGGCAAAAGGCCUGCAGGACCCCUGUUCAAGUUUACAUGCCUUAAGACGUCUGUCUGUCAACUACACCUACCACACUGUGAGAUUCAUUCUGGUAAGUAAUACAUUUCCAGGGAGGUUAUAGACUACAUAUUCUUAAUCACCAUCAGUAGCAUCACUACUCCACUACUUGGUUGUUAUUUUCAUCUGAACAGAAGACUAAUGUUCUCUUUCUCUCCUAGAGGGUGGAUGUGACUUCCUGUCUGUAGCCCAUGUGACUGAUGAUGACAGUAUGGAGUUUCUCCGUCCCCAUGAGACAACAGAAACUCAUGUCAUAUUAAACAUCAAUGGAUUCAGCAAAUAUGGCAUCACCAAGAAUAUGGAAGCCCCUGUCUCUCCUAUCCGUGGUCUGGUGCUACUAUUUUACCAACUCCCAGAUGAUACAAAUAAUUCCACCCUAAAUGUGUUGUUGCUGCCCAGGAAUGUUGACAUUGAUGAGGUAAGUAGAUUAGAGUUGUCAAAUUCCUCUUUCGUUGGAAUUCUAUCAAACUCGUACUGUUGAACUCACCUUUUGCCACAGAACAUUAUUUUUGGGGUAAUGUAACACUAAAUGGUGAAUCCAAACCUGGGGGGUCUCUCGCUCACCAACCCAACAUCUUAACCAUUACAUCAAGACGAUACCCUCAAGGUCCGAGGGCGACAUUUGGGCUUCCAUGUUUCAGGCAGGGCUUACUGUCACGACUUCCUCCGAAGCUGCCUCCUCUCCUUGUUCGGGCAGGCUUCGGUGUUCGUCGUCACCAGCCUUCUAGCCACUGCCUCUCCUCAUCUCAUCAUUCCAUUUGUUUUGUCUUGUUUAUUACACACACCUGGUUUCAAUUCCCCUCAUCAGUACCUGUAUAAGUGUUCCCUCUGCCCCCUUGUCUUUGUGUGUGAUUGAUUAUUGUGGAGGUUAUAUGAGCUCGGUGGAGCUCCUUGUACUUUGUAUCGACAUCGACAUACAGUGGGGAAAAAAAGUAUUUAGUCAGCCACCAAUUGUGCAAGUUCUCCCACUUAAAAAGAUGAGAGAGGCCUGUAAUUUUCAUCAUAGGUACACGUCAACUAUGACAGACAAAAUGAGAAAAAAAAAUCCAGAAAAUCACAUUGUAGGAUUUUUAAUGAAUUUAUUUGCAAAUUAUGGUGGAAAAUAAGUAUUUGGUCACCUACAAACAAGCAAGAUUUCUGGCUCUCACAGACCUGUAACUUCUUCUUUAAGAGGCUCCUCUGUCCUGCACUCGUUACCUGUAUUAAUGGCACCUGUUUGAACUUGUUAUCAGUAUAAAAGACACCUGUCCACAACCUCAAACAGUCACACUCCAAACUCCACUAUGGCCAAGACCAAAGAGCUGUCAAAGGACACCAGAAACAAAAUUGUAGACCUGCACCAGGCUGGGAAGACUGAAUCUGCAAUAGGUAAGCAGCUUGGUUUGAAGAAAUCAACUGUGGGAGCAAUUAUUAGGAAAUGGAAGACAUACAAGACCACUGAUAAUCUCCCUCGAUCUGGGGCUCCACGCAAGAUCUCACCCCGUGGGGUCAAAAUGAUCACAUGAACGGUGAGCAAAAAUCCCAGAACCACACAGGGGGAUCUAGUGAAUGACCUGUAGAGAGCUGGGACCAAAGUAACAAAGCCUACCAUCAGUAACACACUACGCCGCCAGGGACUCAAAUCCUGCAGUGCCAGACGUGUCCCCCUGCUUAAGCCAGUACAUGUCCAGGCCCGUCUGAAGUUUGCUAGAGUGCAUUUGGAUGAUCCAGAAGAGGAUUGGGAGAAUGUCAUAUGGUCAGAUGAAACCAAAAUAGAACGUUUUGGUAAAAACUCAACUCGUCGUGUUUGGAGGACAAAGAAUGCUGAGUUGCAUCCAAAGAACACCAUACCUACUGUGAAGCAUGGGGGUGGAAACAUCAUGCUUUGGGGCUGUUUUUCUGCAAAGGGACCAGGACGACUGAUCCGUGUAAAGGAAAGAAUGAAUGGGGCCAUGUAUCGUGAGAUUUUGAGUGAAAACCUCCUUCCAUCAGCAAGGGCAUUGAAGAUGAAACGUGGCUGGGUCUUUCAGCAUGACAAUGAUCCCAAACACACCGCCCGGGCAACGAAGGAGUGGCUUCGUAAAAAGCAUUUCAAGGUCCUGGAGUGGCCUAGCCAGUCUCCAGAUCUCAACCCCAUAGAAAAUCUUUGGAGGGAGUUGAAAGUCUGUGUUGCCCAGCGACAGCCCCAAAACAUCACUGCUCUAGAGGAGAUCUGCAUGGAGGAAUGGGCCAAAAUACCAGCAACAGUGUGUGAAAACCUUGUGAAGACUUACAGAAAACGUUUGACCUGUGUCAUUGCCAACAAAGGGUAUAUAACAAAGUAUUGAGAAACUUUUGUUAUUGACCAAAUACUUAUUUUCCACCAUAAUUUGCAAAUAAAUUCAUUAAAAAUCCUACAAUGUGAUUUUCUGGAUUUUUUUUUCUCAUUUUGUCUGUCAUAGUUGACGUGUACCUAUGAUGAAAAUUACAGGCCUCUCUCAUCUUUUGAAGUGGGAGAACUUGCACAAUUGGUGGCUGACUAAAUACUUUUUUCCCCACUGUAUAUACGGAAUAAACCUUUAUUCUGUGAUUUACUCUCCUGCGCCUGACUCCGUCCAAAUCACACGCCACAGCUACCUCACCAUGACAGUGUGUUCCAAACCAUUUUCAAUCCUCUUAAGGUGUGUAAGACAAGGAGGAGAAGGAAUGGAGACAGAGAAAAAUACAUUGAAAUAAAUCCUAACUGUAGACUAACCCCGGACCAAGAAUACACCCUCUCCACCGAUCUUACAGAUGAACAUCACAUAGAUCCAAAGGUAGGCUAAUAUAUAUAACAUGAGCUAGAGAGAGAGAGAGAGGAAAUGUGUUAACACAUGUCAAUUAUUUUUGUGACGCUACCUUGAUAAGAUAUAGAAAUCACAUAAUUCUGAUUGACAUGAUACUCAUGCUUUUUUUUCCAGGAAGCAGAGUUUGUGGAUUAUGAUUCCUAUACAAACUACAUGCCAACAUUCCUGUUGCGUUUAAAAACUGUUGUUGAAGAAGUGAAUCUUCUUCUGAAAGAACAUGACGGUCCUGAAAAUGAACGUUUAUGGAACCGCCUUGUUUCACUACCAGGUAACUGAAAUUCAGAGAGAGUAGGAGUUACUAUAGAACUAGUAGUAAUAGUAGUAUUUUACAUUUACAUUUUACAUUAGUAGCAAUCAUCAUAAUAGUAUGGUAGUAGUGCUGUUGUUGUUGAUUUAAUCUAAUUAUGAUACAAUUGAUUAUUUCACCAUAUAAAUUGAGUACAUCACCUUCUCUUUUAAUCCACAGCCUCACCAACAGAAGUGAAGUCUACA